GAUGGGGUUCGAUGGUUUUUUCUUUGGCCGCCUGGAUUAUCAGGACAAGCGAAACCGGGAAAAUGAGCGGGAAAUGGAGCAAGUGUGGAGAGCCAGUGCGAACCUGCCUGAACCCAGCGCUGACCUAUUCACAGGUGUUCUUCCCAAUGGAUAUAACCCUCCCAGAAUGCUCUGCUGGGACAUGCUUUGCUCAGAUGAGCCCAUCAAAGACGACAAGAACCUGGAUGAGUACAACGUGGAUCAAAUCGUUUUUUACUUCAACCAGACUGCCUACAAGCAGGCAACACAUUACAGAACCAACCACAUCAUCAUGACCAUGGGCUCGGACUUCCACUUUCAAGAUGCAAACAUGUGGUACAAGAAUCUCGACAAGCUCAUCAAACAUGUGAAUGCUGCGCAAGAGACUGGGAGUAACGUCAAUGUGCUCUACUCGACCCCGUCGUGCUAUCUGUAUGAGUUAAACAGGGCUAACCUGACCUGGUCGGUGAAAUCUGAUGAUUUUUUCCCGUACGCGGACGGGCCCCAUCAGUUCUGGACAGGUUACUUCACCAGUCGGCCAGCUCUGAAACGCUACGAGAGGCUGAGUAACAAUUUCCUCCAGGUCUGUAACCAGCUAGAGGUGCUGGCAGCUGCUGAUUCUCGGAGCGGUCCGUACGGUGUCGGAGACAGCUCCGUACUGAGGAAGGCAAUGGCUGUGGCUCAGCAUCACGACGCUGUCUCUGGGACAGAGAAACAACACGUAGCCAAUGAUUAUGCCAAGAAGUUGGCCAGAGGCUGGGAACAGUGUGAGGUGCUGGUUAGUAACGCUCUGUCGAGUCUCAGUGGAAUGAAACAGAAUUUCAUUUUCUGUGACCAACUCAACAUCAGCGUCUGUCACGGAAUUGAAGAACUUAGCAAAUUUACAGUGACUCUGUACAACCCCUUGGCCAGAGCAGUGAGUGUGUACGUGAGAAUCCCGGUCAAUGGCACUGACUAUACAGUUCAUGACCCCAGAGCAGGUUUGGUACCAAACCAGGUUGUUGCUGUAUCGAACUUCACAAAGCUCCUGAGGAAAGACCGUGGCUAUGCGGUGAAUGAGCUGGUGUUCCAGACCAGGACUCUGGCACUGGGCUUUAGCACAUACAGUGUGACCAGGAAGCCGGACAGUCCUGUGCUCAGCAGAAUGACCAGGUCAUUGAGGAGACAUAAGCACCCGAGGAGGACAGGCCUGACCAUUGAAAAUCAGUACAUCCGAGUGACAUUUGACGCACACACUGGUCUCAUCAGUGGGAUUGAGAAUCUGCUCAAGAACCUUUCUCUACCCGUUACUCAGAGUUUCCACUGGUACACUGCCAGUACGGGUGAUAAGGUGAGCAGCCAACCUUCGGGAGCUUAUAUAUUCAGACCCAAACAGGAGCAACCAAUGGCCAAAAACGUGAAGACCUACACAGUCCAGACGGAUUUAUUUCAGGAAGUUUAUCAAAAUUUUUCAGCGUGGUGCUCCCAAGUUGUUCGGCUGUACAAAGACCAGCAGUUUGUUGAACUCGAGUGGACCGUGGGGCCAAUUCCAGAUGGUGAUGGAAUUGGCAAGGAAGUUAUCAGCCGCUUUGACACGUCGUUAAAAACCGAGGGCAUUUUCUACACGGAUUCCAACGGCAGAGAGAUCCUCACCCGGAGGAGAGAUUAUCGACCGACGUGGAAACUUGAACAAACGGAGCCUGUUGCUGGAAACUACUUCCCGGUGAACAGCCGGAUUUACAUGAAGGACAGCAAGAUGCAGUUGACUGUAUUGACUGAUCGAUCACAAGGAGGAAGCAGCAUCAAAGAUGGGUCCUUGGAGCUCAUGGUUCACCGGAGACUGCUCCGCGAUGAUAACCGAGGUGUCGGGGAAGCUCUGUCAGAGCCGGGUUACGACGGCAAAGGGCUGGUCGUACGAGGAAAGCACCUUGUCUUUCUCGACACAGUCAAUGCCUCUGCUGAACUCCACAGGCUACAGGCACAGGCAGAGUACAUGGCACCAUGGACAGUAAUGGCCCAGGGCACAGGGACAGCUUACAGCUCCCGGCCGAAACACAUUGCAGAGUUCUCGGCCCUGAAGGAGGAGUUACCCCCUAACGUCCAUCUCCUAACUCUGGCUCAGUGGGAUUCUCAAUCCUUCCUCAUCCGGCUGGAACACCAGUUUGAAAUGGGGGAAAGCAGUGUCUACUCCAAGCCCAUCACUGUGGAUCUGGCUAAUUUGUUUUCUACUUUCAAGAUCAUUUCUGUUGAGGAAAUGUCUCUGGGCUUCAACCAGCGGAAAGAGGACGUGUCUAGACUCAAAUGGAGAACUGGACCAGAGAAGGACAGUGUCAAGUCAGCUUCCAGCCGUAAGGAUAGCUCCAAGCACGAGGUGGUCCUCAAUCCAAUGGAGAUCCGCACAUUCCGUGUUCGCAUCCAGUACCUAUAACCGCCCUAUACUGGGAAGAGAGGGGAAUGUGGGAAUACUGUGGACCAACCAAUCAAGCACAUGGAAAGUCCAAAUCUGUCCACUGUGUGGUUUUCCCAGGGACAAUGUCAUUGUCAGGUUGGCGUCUGCUGCUGUUUUCAUACUUCACUCGAUGAUGCCUUAAUAUGACAGAUGACUUUAUCAUCAUCUUCUGUCUUCAUCCAAGCGCCCAGCCAUAUUUGGGAGUUUGUUCACUUUUUAAUACAUUUGACGGAUUAGGCUUCUAUCUACCAAUCAAUCAGACCUUGUUCCAUGAAAGAAAGUGAAGGAAACUGCCUGGAUUCCAAUGUAAUUAAAAACGCUUUCUUGUUCCCCCACCCUGUAACAUUGAUCAUGUGCCUGUACCCAGGUCCCAAUCCUGUAACUGAGAACAUCUCCACUUUAAUUGGUGACUCUUAAAAGCACCAGUGGAAAAGCUGCAAGCCUCCCAUUCAAUUAAAAAUCAGUUUAAAGAAAACCUCAUGAUUCAGCUAUGUAAGUGAGGGACAGUGCAAUAAGUUUCCAUACUACUGCUUUUGUGAAUGAUGUGUGAAUGGAAGUUUUUAAAAAUCCUUUUUAAUUAUGAUUAAAUUUGAAUUAUCAAUGCA